CGCGUCGAAAUUCGAAUAGUGGGAGUUCGCCUGUUCGACUACAAAUUCUUUUGCAUGUUCAAAUUGGAAACGCCAGUCGCGUCUUCGAUUCAGUAGCGCGCGUCACAUUUCGACGCGAAAUUCGCUUGAUCGCGUUCAGUGGGAACCGGCCUUACGGUCACGUAAGGGAGGUUGUCAAGACAGCCCUCAAUCUAAAAAAAAAUAUUACAGCGGGAAUGAUAGGAAAAAGAGAAACUGAUCCGAUUGAAAAAGGUAAGUGGAGUUCUUCUAUAGAUAAUAUUUAUUCUGAUGUUUAUAAGAAGCCUGAUGAUUUACCAGUUGCAACUAAAUUAGUACCAUGUGAAAAUGACGAUAGUUAGAUGCCGAUACAAACUGGAUAUAUUUGUAAGUAUGAAGUUUUGCGUGAUUCAGGCUGUACGAAUGUUGAGGUUAAUAUUGCAUAUGUUGAGUCAUCACAGUAUACCGGGGAGAAGAAAAUGCUUAUGCUUGUAGAUGGUACAGUUAGAAUUUUUCCCGUUGCUUUAAUUGAUGUGAAUACCCCGUUUUUAGUAGGUUCUGUGCAAGCUGUGGUAACGGAAAGUGCUGUUUGUGAUCUCAUAAUUGGGAAUGUGCAAGGUACUAGGGAAGCAAAUGACCAAAAUAUAGAGUGGAAAAAGAAAGAAGAAGUGACAGCAGCAGUGAUGACUAGACGCCAAGCUAAUGCAAAUGAAGUGAAAAGGGGAUGCAGGGUGAUGUAAGGCGUUACUGCCUGUGCUUGUGACUGACGAUACCACGGGAGUUGAAUAGUUAUGUUAUUCUAGCCUAUUAUCAGCGACGAUAAACCGUCGGGAAGAAACAUUAUGUUGUGGAGGGCAAGAGAAGAUGCAUUUUGAAUUAUAUUAAUUAAAGACUUUAUCUUAUAUUUUAACUUGUUUUGCAUCGUAUUAUUAUUUGUCUGUUACCCCAUUAUGCCUCAUCAUUACACACCUUUGUUGUGACAGUCGUCCAUCAGGAUACUCUAAACUGUCAAUGAUAGUAAGUGAUAAUUGGUUUUGAAUAAAGAAAAUAUAUAUUUAUAGAUAUGUAAUACCUAACACUAGGACGGAAACUACCAGCUAUGUUUGACGAUUGUGUUAAAGAUCAAA